AUGCUGUUUGGUCUUACAAAUGGUUCCGUCACUUUUCAACAGUUAAUGAACACUAUUUUUAGAAAAAAGGUAGGCUUGAAAGUACAACUUGACAAAUAUCAUUUUGAAAAGACCUCUCUACCAUUUCUCAGCUAUAUAAUUGGCAAAGAUAAAAUAAAAUCAGAUCUAUCCAAAGUCGAAAAAGUUCAAAAUUACUCAGUACCAGAAAAUAUAACAACAUUACGUGGAUUUAUUGGUUUAGCUUCAUACUACCAGCGUUUUAUAAAAGACUUUGCUAAAAUUGCAUUACCACUUCAUAAAUUAUUCCAUAAAAAUCAACCAUACAUUUGGAAUGAGAACUGUCAAAAAGUAUUUGAUACAUUGAAAAAGUAUUUAACUACGUCACCAAUUCUUAUUUACUUCGAUUUUGAUAAGUCUUUCAUACUGUUCACCGAUGCAUCUAGUAUUGGACUUGGUGCUAUCUUAUCUCAAAAAGAUCCAAAAGAUCGUGAAAAAAUCAUCAUUUAUGCUAGUAGACGU